AUGUCGACUUUAUCUGAUGCCGAAAUUUGUUUUCUAAAUGUUUCAACUGGAAUGACUGACACUGAAAAACGAACAACUGUUGGAAUUUGUAUUUUAUUUUUCUCACUCCUCUCAUUUUUAUUGAAUAUUAUUGUGAUUUUCGCAAUUUUCAAAAGUUGGAAAUUAUUCAAAGGUCAACCUUUCACACAAUUUGUUAUUUCUAUGAUUGUCGCUGGUACUAUUUAUUCAUCAGUUAAUUUUUUUGUAUCAAUACCAUGUACACUUACUUAUUGCUCAUAUUUAGAGUAAGUUUAUUUAAAUUUAACUUCCUCUUUUAUUCUGGUAAUUUUAUUUUUUUAGAAGUGACCCACUUAUGAUUAUCUUUGCUACACCAAAUACUUUGAGCUUCUUAGCAUAUCUUCUAGCAAAUUUUGGAUUUUCAAUUUAUCGACUUUCUAUAGUUUUUGGAAGCUGUUUUAAAAAUGCAACAACAUUUAUUCAUUUAAUAACUUUAUAUUUGCCAUGGCUGGUUUCAUUUCUAGCAACAAUUGAUACAACUUAUCGAGGUUGCAUUAAAAGGUUCAAUCGAUUUUCAAUUGGAUACACAUAUAAUUGCUCUAAUUGUAAAGUUUGGUGUAAGUUGGAAAUCGAGCGUUCUCAAAAACCUUUUUUUUUCUAUUUUCAGUCGGUAUCAGUUUUAUUGAUGUGAAUUUUUAUGCUGGACAAAUAUUGCCAAUAAUAAUGUGUUUGAUGUAUUUCGCAAUGAUUGUGAAUGUGUAUUUCAAACGAAUGAGCACUGGAUAUAUGGCAAAAUCAGUUAAAUCAGAUUUGAGAAUGGCUUUACAGUACUUGAUUGUUUGCUUGGCUCAAUAUCUUUCAAGUUUUUUGUUUUAUAUUGUUCCCAAAUAUGGAAAUGGAUCAUUAUUAGCAGUUAUUGCAAUGAAUACUAUAGGUAAGAUUAGAAAAUAACCCUAGAAUUCUGGAUUUUUGAGAAAUCUGUAAUGAUUUUGUCUAGUAAUAUGGUCCAGAACUUUUGAACGACGUUCAAACAAAAGUGCUUGAUCAUAAAUUAUUAAUAAAAAUUGUUCGAGCUGAACAAAAUCUCAAGUUGAAAGGUCAUUUUAUAUUACACUCGAACCCUCACAGAAAAUAUUAUUUAAAAAAUAAACGAGGAAGUAAACAAUCUGAAAGUGACACCUAAUUGAUUUAUUACAAUGGUGGUCCGAAGGGUUCAGAAUUUCAAUUUUUCGGAAAACAGUUCUUUUACAGGUGUUAUCGAUGUUGGUAUCAACCCUUUGAUUCUUCUUUUAUUUAAUGGAAAAAUGCGGGAAGCGACAAUAGUUUUAUUUUCUUUCAUUCCAUCAAUUGAAGCAAAGAGAAGUAAAAUGACGGUUACUGUAGUUCCAACAAGUUACAAACGGCCUGUGAUACAUCAUUAA